ACCGACUGGGCCCCACGUGAACGCCGACGAAAUCAGCAGUCCCGGGCAUCAGCCAGUCCUCAAACGAGCUCGUCUUCAUCACCACUCUUUUAAGUGAUACAAUCAUACUUUUAACAGUAAAACACAUUCUCUCUUUCUCUUUGCUUCAAGAAAACCGCCUUUCAAACACCAAGCGUUCUGAAUCCAAAUCUUCUUCGAAAUUCUAGGGUUUUGGUCGGUGCAAUCCAGAGAUAUAUGUUUCUUGAAGCUCUGCAAUGGUGAACGGCGAUCGAGAUCUGGGUUCGUACUUCCUGGAGCUGGCUUGGCUGGGCUCGGCUCGGGCAGGCAUUGACAUGGACGUGGACGAGGAGGAGGCGUCACCCACCGAGCUCAACACGAUCAACUGCUCGGGAGGGUUCCUGGUGGUGUCGACGGACAAGCUCUCCGUGCAAUACACAGGCGUGAACAUGCACGGCUACGAUGUGGGGGCGGUACAGGCGAACCGCCCAGCUCCAGUGAAGCGGCUUGUGUAUUACUUUGAGAUCACUGUGAGGAAUGCGGGGGCGAAGGGGCAGAUUGCUAUUGGUUUUACCACGGAGAGUUUCAAGAUGCGUCGACAGCCCGGCUGGGAAGCAAAUAGUUAUGGCUAUCAUGGGGAUGAUGGACAUCUUUAUCGUGGACAUGGAAAAGGGGAUGCUUUUGGCCCAACCUUUACAACUGGUGAUACUGUCGGUGGUGGUAUCAACUAUGCUACGCAGGAAUUUUUUUUUACUAAAAAUGGUGUGGUUGUAGGGACGACAUUCAAGGAUGUGAAGGGUCCAUUAUUUCCUACAGUUGCCGUCCACAGCCAAAAUGAGGAGGUAGCUGUCAACUUUGGGAAGGAUCCAUUUGUUUUCGAUCUUAAGGCCUUUGAAGCGCAAGAAAGAACAAAGCUGCAAAUGAUGAUUGAAAAAAUAUCACUGCCACAAAAUAUCAGUUAUGGAAUUGUUCGUUCCUACUUACUGCACUAUGGAUAUGAAGAGACACUGAAUUCUUUUGACUUGGCUAGUAAAUGUACUGUUCCUCCCAUCAAUAUGGCUCAAGAAAAGAGCUUCAAUGAGCAAGAAAACAUGUAUGCAUUAAGCCAGAGAAAGACUCUUCGUCAGCUAAUCAGAAAUGGGAAGAUUGAUGAUGCACUUAGUAUACUUCGUGAAUCUCAUCCUCAAAUUGUUCAGGAUGAUAAAUCUGCUACGUGCUUUUUGCUUCAUUGCCAAAAAUUUAUUGAAUUGGUUCGGGUUGGAGAGCUGGAAGAGGCUGUGAAGUAUGGAAGGAUUGAAUUGGCAAGAUAUUUUGGGUUAAGGGAGUUCGAGGAACUAGUUCAGGACUGUGUUGCUUUGCUAGCUUAUGAGCAACCACAGAAGUCUUCAGUUGGGUAUCUUCUAGAGGAAUCACAGCGAGAGCUGGUGGCGGACACGGUUAAUGCCAUGAUUUUGUCAACAAAUCCCAACUUGAAAGAUUCACAGGGUUGCUUGCAUUCAUAUCUUGAGAGAUUACUUAGGCAACUAACUGCCUGCUGCCUGAAGCGGAGAUCCUUGGAUGGAGAUCAAGGUGAAGCCUUUCUUCUGCACAGAGUGUUGAACAGUGGUAAAAAGAUCAAGUGCUAGCUGAUAUUUUAUUAUACCUCUAAUCCUCCUCCUUGUCCAUAAGCCCGGUUGCCCUUUUACCUUAAUCACAUUGCAAGCAAUCAGAUUGUGUGUGUUUUGUAUACUACUGAUUAGAGGCCCCUUCUUACGUUUUCCUGAUUCAUAAUAGUGUUUCAUUUCCUCCGAAUGUUAUGUUUCUCCAUGUGCCUGUAUAUAAAAAAAAGUGAUGAACAAGACCGUCUAUGGAAGUGGUUGAUUGAACUGUAAUGGUGGUGACCAUGUUUUUAGUAAUUCUAGGGAGAAUCUAGAACUUUGCUUGACAUUACUUGCUGGAUAUUAAAUUCGCUCAAGGGUUUAAAAUUACAUUCAAUUUAGAUGACUCCUUUCAUUGUUGGCUGUGGGGAAAUCUCUUGGCUAACAUUGUUGUAGCUGUUGACACAGUUUAUUUAAUUACAAGUACGAUGUUGGAUUCUUUUCUCAA